AUGACGGCUGCUCCCCCAGUCAGUCAUAAUUCUCAUCUCGUCCCAACCACUUUACCAAGAUAUCACCCAAUUGCCAUAAAUCCCACACCUUCAAUGCAUCCCGACAUGAUGCAGAAUCAUCAUUUCCGUCACUUUACCUUACAUGACCCGCAAACUGGUCCACCACCAGCGCCGCCUGCACCUGCUCCCUCAUCACUGGAUCAGAUUGAAGCUCGUUUGCGACAGUUGGAACAUGAAGAAAUGAAUCGGAUGGCUGCUCGCUCUCACUUGCUUGCUGUGCGAAAGCGCGAGGAUGAAGAGUUUCGCAGAAUGACUGAACUUGCCGAGGCUGAAGAGGAUGUGAGUAAAUAA